AUGGGCUCGGUUCCCUAUGUUCAGUCCCACCUCGGAAAUCAGCUACGUACUGGCUGCAACAACCGUAUUUCUUGGGCACCUCGGACAGGUAGCAUAGCUCAUGUUGUUGACAAGUCGGUUGUUCACAUCACGAAUCUUGUGUGUUUAGAUGGAGAAUCCUGGGGGUUCAGUAAGCCCUUCAAGAUAUACCCAACGUCUCCAUCAGGCCAAAUAAUGGAUAUUUAUCACUUAUCUUGGUCUUCUUUAGGCACCGAUCUUGCUGUUGCUGACGAGCACGGAAUACUUAACAUUUACAUGCAAUCUCAAACAGAGCUUGGCGUUAUGAACCGAAUUUUUCAGUCCACUUCACCAGAAAGCAAUGCCGGUCCAGCAGAGAUGAAUAAGAUCAUUGGAUUUAAAUGGUUUGAUCAAAAUUCAAACAAUCCCAAUGUAUCAAUAUCUAAUCCUCCAGUGAUCCAAACUCAUGCUCAAACAUUUAUACGCUCGCUUGACCGCUCUAAGCUAGGGGCAUCCAGUCCUAUUGCUGACUUUUCUGUCUACAAUAUGCCUAUUCCCAAACCUCUUGUUCCUUUAAAUAAAAAUUCAUGCAUUGCCUUUACUCGACGUGGCACUGUAAGAUUGUUUACACAAGGUGUCUCUGAUGCAAAGUACUAUGAGUUCUCUUGUAGCGCUGACAGAGACAGUAUGACACGCGAAUCUGUCGUGUUUUCGCAUGCAUCAUUUUCAAGCUCCACUGAUGGUAGUGUUAUUCUUGCUGCCUAUUCUUUGGAAACGGAAUCUAUUUAUUUUUAUCGAAUCAUUGUCGAAUGGCCAGCGCUCACUGCUGCCGCCGCCGCCGCCAUAGGUUUGAAACCCCAGCUAAAAUCAGGCUCAAACCAACUUUCUACUCUUAAAAUACAACGGCUACUACGCCAAAAACUUAUUCCGACUCUUAAUCCGUCAUUAACAUUAAGUCAUAUCCACAUCAUGCCCUUAAGUCCUCAGAACUUUCAAACAUCAGCUGAAGUCGAACUCCGUGCUGCCUUCACCAACAAAACAAGCACUGUUAUACAGAAGUACAUGUUAGUAAAACACCAGCCACCCAUUCUUAAAAACUUUUUUUCCUUAUCAUCACGAUCCGAUUACGGAGGGAGUAAUUCGACUGGCACUGAAACAACAAUUCUACUUGCUGAUGAUGACAUAUUGACAUACCCUAAACUCGUCAUUUCUAUAGAUUCCUUAAAUUUUGAUACCAUUUUUAGCAUCUCGUUUUCGGAUGGAACGACAGAUCUAAAGCUCCGACCACAAUACUUGGAGCUUUCAUCUACCUCGUCUAUUUCAGCAUCUAUGCAAACAAUCAUAACUUGUGGGUUUCAGUUUUUAGAAUUACCUGAACCCAUUACUGAUAUUUGUGUUUCCCAUAAUACCUGCUCAGCCCUCUAUCUUACUCAAAAUAAUGAGCUUUGCAUUUCUUAUGUUAGAAAUCCAAAAUUAUCAUUAUCAUCCUUACCAUCUAAACAGUCGGACAACACUCUCGAAAAGAGUCUGUAUUUGACCCUUGCGGCCGUUACUCUUGCAGCUCUUCAUGCAACGGCAAGUACUAUCCACUACUAUGCUGAUGAUCUAUAUGUUGUCAUAAAGUUUGCUCAAGAAGACCUUAAGCGGAUUUCGCCCAAAUUGGCUGAUGAAUUUAUUCACCUUGUAAUUCUCGAAUCAUACCGUGCAAUUAAUUUCCCACUUGAUAACGAAUCUUCAAAAGAUGGAGGCCAAAAAGAACUUUUACAGUCACAUCUCUGCAAAAUGUUCACAUUACAAACUGUCCUUGGUACAUCAAAAGGAUGGAAACGAUCCCCUAUGGCACGCGUCAGCUGGGCAACACUUUCAGCUCGAACUAUAUUUAUCGCCUUUUUCAUGACACUUCAGCGGCUAGCGCAAAUCUCCAACAAUCAACAAAAAUUACACCAACAACAAAAAACACAACUGGAUGUAAAUGAUUAUGAAGAAAGAGCAAAAUAUAUAGAAUCUACUGUCAGCGUCAUUCGAUACAUGAUUGACCUUUUUGCUUUUAUUUUUCAAGAGUUGUACUUGGCAUCACUAGAACCCAUAGAAAAGUACUAUGAAUAUUUUCAAAACAAAAACUCCAUUGCAAUGUCACUAAUGUUGUCUCGCCUUCCUCGAGCAUUUUUAAUGUUUGGAUUACGUUUCAUACGUUCCAUCGAAAUGAAUGCAAAACAAAUAGCUGAUAAAGGUAGCAAGGCACCAGACAGUGUUUCCCAACGUGCAUUCAAGCAAAUCAUAAACCUUGUUCAAGCAAACUCACCAAUAAAUAUUGCACAUUUUGAUUUAAUUUUGCGGGACAUUGACAGCAUGAUGGAGAAAAUUUCACCAAGAAUGAAAAGUCGAAUCGUUAUUGAAGAUUCUGUCUUUAUUUCAGUCAAUCCACCACAGGAGCUUUUAGCCAUGGUAAGCCGGAUAGUGGAACGUUUUUCUAAAAUCGAUAAAAUUACCAUGAAUGCUGCUUGGCUUUAUUAUUACGAUGUUUCAUGGUUAGGUCUAUGCGAUGAUAUGGACGAAGAAGAGGAAAAUAAUUUAUUGCUUGGAAAAAAUGAAAAUAUACCUUUAGCUUCAAGCAAUGGCUCAACUGAAAGUAAUGGACAUAAUGGAUCUAAUGUGUCUGGCAAUGGCACUGUCACUCAAAAUAUCAAUCUGUCCCCACCGUCAGUAAAAGAUUUUGGUAAUUUUGACGGAUCGAAGAAAAUCCGAUCAGUUCAUCCACACAUGAAGGAGCUUCGACAUGGUAUCGAGAUUGAUUUUAUCAUGAAAAAGGAAAUGUCGACUGCUCCGUUUGCAUUUGCAAAUAGUGGUGGUACUCGUGCUCGCUGUUCACGCUGUGGUGAACUUACUAUAUGGAGAUCACAGCGCUCAUCAUCCGUACAAACCUGGGAGUAUGUUUUCAUGAAGGCAUGUCCUUGUGGUGGUUCAUGGAUUCCUGCAGAUUAUUAG